UUUUAUGUUGAACUGUAAUGUUCAAAGGAGAUCUCUCAAAAGUGGAAGCAUGUUAUAUGAUUUUUAGGUCUCAUCCGAUAUCUUCUCCACCAAAAUUAACAUUGUACACAAAGAGUCCAUGUCUGCUUUGCGACAUUUUAAAGAACGAACUGCGUUUACGUUUCGCCGGUCGUUACCAAUUGGAAGAAGUUGACAUAGCUGCACAAGAAAACGAACAGUAUUUCCAGUUGUAUAAAUAUGAUAUACCAGUCCUCUUUUUAGAAGGUCAGUAUCUGUGCAAACAUCGAUUAGACGCCGACUUAUUAGAAAGGAGACUUGAUGAAUUGGUUUCAAGGAAAGAUAAAUGUACACAUUAA